AUGAUUCUAGGCCCUGUCCAGGGGGUCGACUGCGUUGUAUAUGUUUUCUUUCUGAUCCCACAGCUACUCUGGCAGAUAGAUUUUUCAUUGCUCUUGCUCGUGCUGAUCAAGGUAAUACCCUUCUUAGUGUUCCGACUCCCCCAUCAGUUGCUGAAGGAGCGAUAUUUUACCAGGAAGCAAAGCCAAUCCCCUUUCACUCGAAAUGCCAGCAUCUUCCAGGAUGUAGUGGUCCGUUGUGUCCGGUAUGCAUUUGCCAACAUCCCCGCCAGGGUGGGAAGAGUGUUUUUCUGCAAAUGGGUCUCGUAUCCAUUCUUCCGUUUCCGCCUCUUGAGACAUGGGUAUCUGCGCUGCCCGAUGUACUAUAAAGAAAUUAUCCAACCUGGUUUUCGAGGUCUUUGGAUUGUCGACAACCCCGAUACCGAGCCUGAUAUCAUCAUUUACUAUUGCCACGGAGGUGGGUUUUCCAUGGGCUCGUCGCAUUUUUACAUGGAGUUCCUCAUGACUUGGGUAACGCGGCUGAAAGAGAGUGGGUUUCAGAAUCCAGCUGUCUUUGCUCUGGAGUAUACGCUCGUCCCCGAUGCGCAGUGGCCGACACAACUCAAUGAGACGCGUGCUGGCUAUACUUUCCUACAUGAAACGUUUGGCAACGGAUCGGCCGCAAAGAUCUGUGUCAGUGGAGAUUCUGCUGGAGCGACCCUGAUCCUGAGUAUGUUGCUCCAACCCGGAACUGUCGAACAGAAUCAGCGGGCUCAACGAUGGCAUCGACCUGGAUUGGCUAUAUUGCUUUCGCCGUGGACACAUCUUGUUUCAGACUUGAAUCAGAACACACCCAGCGAUUAUUUAAACAAAGACAGCCUGGAGCUCUAUGCAAAGCAAUAUGCCGGCGAUGCAGCGUUGACCGAUGGCGUGGUCUCGCCUGGCAUGAGUACAACUCGCUGGAAACAAGUCUCACCGCCGAACGGCUAUCGCAUUGUCUAUGGUGCUGAAGAAGUAUUUAGCCCAGGAAUUCAAGAGACGAUUCAGCGUAUGGAAAACAACGGGGCCAUGGUCAAGGCUCAUCGACGAGAAACAGGCAUUCAUGCGUGGCCGGUAGUCAAUUUGUUCUUGGGAAACACUCGCGAAGACCGAUUGCAGGGGUUGGAUAUCAUGACCGAGUUCAUCAUGUCGUCUAGUCUGGCAUCGAGUGUGUCGGCGGACACAAGAACCAGAUCUUGCCUUGCAACUCCACUUCAUGUGCGCAUGCCAUCAGAUUAG